CAUGAUGGCGGUCCUGGGCAGCGCCGGUCGCUUGAUCCAAUUCGCCAGGAGCAGCAUCAGUCUGACUGUGAGGAGACGCUCCGCUGCUGCUGCUUUGGCCCAGACGUCCACCCCAGAAACACUGGACAACAGGAAACCUAAGACGGGCAUUUUGAUGCUCAACAUGGGAGGACCUGAGAAACUAGAAGACGUGCACGACUUCCUGCUGCGCUUGUUCUUGGACACGGACCUGAUGAAACUCCCAGUACAGAAUACGCUCGGGCCGCUCAUCGCCAAGCGCCGCACGCCAAAGAUCCAGGAGCAGUACAGCAAGAUCGGAGGGGGCUCGCCCAUCAAGCACUGGACCUCCAUGCAGGGGGAGGGCAUGGUGAAGCUGCUGGACGAGAUGAGCCCUGAGACGGCUCCUCACAAGUUCUACAUCGGCUUCCGCUACGUCCAGCCGCUGACGGAGGAAGCCAUCGAGCAGAUGGAGAAAGACGGGGUGGAGCGGGCCGUGGCCUUCACGCAGUAUCCUCAGUACAGCUGCUCCACCACAGGCAGCAGCCUGAACGCCAUCUACCGCUACUACAACAACAGAGGCGCCCGGCCCAAGAUGCGCUGGAGCGUCAUCGACCGCUGGCCCACACACCCUCUGCUGGUGGAGUGUUUUGCAGAUCACGUCCGUAACGAGUUGCUGAAGUUUCCAGACGACAAGCGGGACGACGUGGUCCUUCUCUUCUCGGCACACUCCCUCCCCAUGGCUGUGGUGAACAGAGGCGACCCGUAUCCUCAGGAGGUGGGAGCCACCGUCCAGAGAGUGAUGGAGACGCUGGGACACUGUAACCCCUACAGACUGGUGUGGCAGUCCAGGGUGGGGCCCAUGCAGUGGCUCGGCCCCCAGACGGACGACGUGAUCAAAGGGCUGUGCGAGCGCGGCAAGAAGAACAUCCUGCUGGUGCCCAUCGCCUUCACCUCGGACCACAUCGAGACGCUGCACGAGCUGGACAUCGAGUACGGACAGGUGCUGGGGGAGGAGUGUGGAGUGGAGAACAUCAGGAGAGCGGAGUCAUUGAAUGGGAACCCUCUCUUCAUGAAGGCUCUGGCGGACCUGGUCCAGUCCCACCUCAAGUCCAACCAGCCCUGCUCCCGCCAGCUGACCCUCCGCUGCCCGCUGUGCACCAACCCCACCUGUGCAGAGACAAAGGCCUUCUUCUCCAGCCAGACGCUCUCAUAGGAACCAGCGUGCUCACACACACACACACACACACACACACUCUUCAGGGUAGGACGUGUGUCACUCAAAUGCUAAUUUUCUUUGCUGAAUCAAUUUGAAUGCUUAGAGGGGUCGACAUUACAGGCUUAACUUAUUUCUUUUAACUGAUUUCAGAUGAAUUCAUUUCAUGUUGCAUUUGCAAAUGUUAUCAAUAAAACACAUUAAUGCUGAUCAAUUUUCAAAUGAACCCAGUGGCACCAGCUUCUGCCCCAAGCAAUGCUCCCCGAUCAGCUGCUGUUUGGCUCAUCAGAUGCCCCCCGAUGACAAGAGACCCCUCGUAGAAAGUCUCUGCACUAAUUCAUUGUUUUUAGGUUUCACGUUGUUUCUGUUCCUCUACAGAAGAAGAUCAAGACUGAUCCUUAGAUCUUUCUUACAGUUAGCGGUUAGCGGUAACCUGGCAUUCCUUAACGAAAAAUACCCGCAUUAAAUAUGAGCAGUGUCCAUUUAGAUGCACAUAUUCUACCUUUGUAGGUGUGAACAGCGAGAUGUAGAGAAGCAGCACACACGGCGUCACGCGUGUCGAAACCCUCGGUCGCUUCCCAUCGACUGAUCACUCUGCACUAAAUACCAGAAAACAAUCGGUUGAUAAGCUGAAUUAAAUAUUUUUGGCUGUUUCCACUGAUCCCAUUUGGGAUGAGACGCUAACUUGACCUGCGGCCUUCGGCCCCCAGAUGUUUUCUUCCUCUACGCAGCCAUCAUGUGCUUUUUGAGGCUCACGCGUGUGCUGGCUGCACGAAUCCACCAAGACAUCAGAACCUAAAUUCCUGCUGCAACUUUUCUGCUUCUGGAAACCAGAAUAAAAAAUGGUUUUAAAUUCCAAACUGCCGAUUCUGAAGUGUAGCAACCGGCAGGUGAACUAGAGAGAAGGUCUUGCUUAUAAUAAAAUGUCCAAUAGGAAGGACUGCGGCAGUGACGUAUUUCUGUUGCCUGGAAUGAACGCGGCCCCGUGGCGUUUAGUGGGAUUACUCCGCGGGCUGUUGGAUUAUGAGCGCUGGGGCAAACGAGCCGGACGUUCUGGACCAAUGAGCUCCACUUGUCUCCAGCGCGGCUGCCCGGGUACAAACACAAUGUCCAGUAAAAUGUCUCCGACAACCUCUGGAGCCUCAUUGAGCCUUUUGUAAGACUAGAAGUCCUGAAACCACUGCAGGUGCACAGCUUCAGUAAAAUAAGAGUUGAAGUGUGUGCAUGUGGUGUCGCUCGGGAGCGAAGAACAAACCAGACUUUUAAUGAACCAACACUCCCAAAGUCCCAAUCUAUCGCACUUCUUCUCAAUGUGGCAGAAAUACAGCUGCUGGCUGGCCAGAUGUUUGAUGGCCAGCUGGUGUUUGGGCUUCAGAUGCGCCUCUGCAGUCGGGACAUUGGUGCUUCAGAACUCGACGCAUUGGCCCUCAAUGCAAGCGGCCGUGCUUUGUGCGUUCAGGGCUCUUCCACGGGGUUGAAAGGGCUGCUUCUGUGCGCUUUACCCAGAGUUCAGUGCUUCGUGUCUCUGCAAUAAUAACGGGAUGUCCGGGUGAGGAAAAGAACACAUGCUAAUGUCUGACGGGUGAGAUUUCCCUCCACCUCUGCUGUGUGUUCUGUUUGUAGCUGCGGCGUUUGCGUUGUACACGCAAUAAAGACGCUACAGAUUUGUUGUUUGAUAGUUUGCAUAGUUUUUUGUUUUUUGGAGUUAUUUAUUUUUGGUCAUUUUGCUUUUGUUCUGGACCACAAAUCCUCUCGUACCUGCUGUGAUAACAUGUUUUUAUAUGUAUAUGUGAGACACAUAAGCAAUGCAAUCAAACAUAACAAAUCUUCCUUCAAAAUACAAUAAAGACAUUAUUAGUG